CAUCUGCUGAUUGCCAAAGAGGUACGUCAUUCGGUAGCCAUUUCCAGUUUUGUAAAUAAUGACACAGCAGCAACUCAAAACAAAGGAAUAAAAGCAGAAGCACUUUUUGCAAUGAUGGUGGCCAAACAUAAUCUAUCGUUUAAGUUUGCCGAACACUUUAGGCGAAUAGCACCAGUUAUGUUUCCAGAUAGUGCUAUUGCAUCUGACUUCAAGUGUGGAAAAACUAAAACCACUAUAAUUAUAAAGAAAGCUCUGGCACCUCACUUUAACUCCGAAGUCAACAAACUUUGUAACGGCCCAUUCAGUGUUUUGGUUGACAACUCUAACGAUCGUGGCGACAACAAAAAUCUGGCAAUUCUUGUACGCUGUGUGGAUGAUGAGAUUGAGCAGACAGUCACCAAAUUCUUGGACAUGCCUGUCUGUAACUUGGCCAAUGCAGAGAAUCUAUUCAACACUAUUGACAAGUGUUUCACUGACCGUGGUUUAGAUUGGAUUAACCUGGUGGCUUACUGUUCAGACAAUGCCAGUGUCAUGAUUGGACAACACAACUCAGUAUUAUCAAGGAUCAGACAGAAGCAGCCAAACGUCUUUGACAUGGGAUGCAUAUGUCACCUGACAAAUCUUGUCAUCAAGGCAGCCCUCAAGAAACUCCUGCUAUCACUGGAUCACAUGCUGGUUGAGAUCUAUUCCCAUUUCCUUGUAAGUGCAAAGAGAACUGAGUUAUACAAGUCCUUUCAAGAGUUCUGUGAUGUAUAGCCAGACAAGAUUCUGAAACAUGUUCAAACAAGAUGGCUCAGCCUUGAGCGAUGCAUUAAAUGAACCCUGGAACAGUGGCCAGCACUGAGAUCAUACUUUACAAGCCAUGAAGAUGUGGAGAAGACUGGGAGAGUGAAGAGAUGAGAUGCAACUGUACUUCCUGUUUCUGGAGUUCAUACUUCCACCCCUGAACGAAUUCAACACAACAUUUCAGGCAGAUGAGGUGAAGGUGUGCUUCUUGUACCAAGAAAUGGAGCAGCUUUUACGGAAGUAUCUGGCAAAGUUUGUCACGGUAGCCGUCAUAAAAGGUCGCCCAGUGACAGAGGUUCCCUUCCAGAUUGCAGACAACCAGCUCCCAGAUAACCUGCUGGCUGUGGGCCUCAAAGCAAGAGGGUUCAUCUCCAGUUUGGAUAACACUGAUCUCAUCAACAGAUUCUUCAAGUAUGUUCGAAUGUUCUAUGUGGAGUCUGUGAUAAAAAAUGAUGCAGAAGUUUCCAUUCCAGAACCCUGUUCUGAAAAACAUUGGAUAGAUUCACCCUGACCCAGAGAAGUGCAGCUUAUUCACCACAGAGUUGGUCCUGGCCUGUGCUGAAGGAGUCUCCUUUCCUUUGAGUGAUGCCCUUAGUGAAGAGUUUUUAGACUUAACCUUGAGUCCUCCAGAGGAGCUCCCAUCAAAUACCCUCCAACCAGACACUUACUGGAUCAAGAUGAAGAAACUGAAAGAACUAGAUGGAUCUCCCCACUUCACACAAUUGCUCCAGCUUGCCAUCACCCUGACCCUGAUUCCAAAUUCAAAUGCAGACACUGAAAGGCUAUUUUCUGUGGUUAGACAAAUCCAGACUGAGGGGAGGUCAGAGCUGGAUAAUGAGACUGUGUGUGCUCUGCUGAGCUGCAAAAUAAACUGUUUACAGCCUUUUUUUCCAGAACACUUUUUCCAACGAGACUGAAGUGUUCAAAAAGUUCAACGAAAGUGUACAAUGAUGAACACAAGGGUUGCUAAUUCAGUGAACUGCAUUUUACUAGAGUAUUGAUGCAAUAAACAAAAUCUUCUUUUUUU